AUGUCUUAUAUUGAUCUCAGUGAAAGCAUCGCUGAAGUAAUCAACGUGGAUGUGGAAGCUGAACUUACCCUGUGUGAUGAUCCUAAAGCAGAGGAAGGUUGUUCAGGAAAUACUUACAAAAAGAACAUUUCAAACGAAAAUUGCAAUCAGUGUCCUAUGAACACUAAGAGCAACAUCUAUAAAAUCAGUUGUGAUUGUGAAGAUGGUUAUUAUAAAGAUCCAUCUGCUAACUCUGAUCCAUCAUCUUGUUAUUCUCUAAUAGUACUUAAAGACAAACCCAGCAUAAAGCUCCUUGACCUGGUAGGCGGUGCUGAAAUUACAUGGACAAACAAGACAAAAGCCAGGAUAUCAGAUGAUAUCUUACGUGAAAUCAUCCUGUACGAUGUUAGAUGCUAUAAAUGCAACCAGAGCAUAUGUAAUAAAACUUCAUGUAUGAAUGAGACAUACGAACCUGGACAGAAUAACUUGAUUGAGACCAAGGUGAUUGUGUCUAACCUUACAAUUGGAGGCAAAUACGUUUUCAGAGUGUACGCUAAAAACAGUUUGAAUGACAACGUUCCUCAAAAGGAAUGGAAAUAUGUGGAAACAGACAAAGUUGUCAUUCCAUUGCCAGUUGAACCAGACCCAACGACAGGUAUACCUUCAGACGAUACCUCAAACGUAAGUGCCAACAAUGGUCAUCCUGGAUACGUAAUUGCCAUUGCAGGUGGAAUUCCGUGCUUCGUGUUAGUUCUUGUCGUCGGGAUUGUAUUUCGUACUCGAAGAAGACAAUCAACUGUACAGAAACAUCGAUCCAGAGAAGACAAUAGCGCUGCUGAUGACAGGCAGAAUUUGCAUUACGCUUCAUCCCUUGUAAUGGUGUCCCCACGUAAUCUCACAGAAACUGAAUAUGCUGACGUAUUGGAAGACUGGGAGAUUUCACCAAACGAUUUGAAGGUGCUGAACAAAAAACUGGGAGCUGGUCAAUUUGGAGUUGUGAAGCAAGGCUUAUAUACACCUCGAAAUGGUGACUCAGAGAAGGUUGCUAUAAAAAUGUUGAAAGAAAAUGCGUCUGAAUUCGACUUAUCCCAGCUAUUGGCUGAAAUAAAGAUUUUAAAAGAAGCCAAUAAGGAACAACACCCAAAUAUUAUAAAAUUUAUUGGAAGUUGCUUUGUGAAAGGGAGACUUGUGAUGGUAACUGAGUUUUGUCCUGGAGGAAAUCUACGAAGAUUCCUGAUCAAAAGUAGAAUCAAUGAUGACUCGUCACCAGGAUAUGUCAAUAAAACGUCAGAGUCAGAUUAUGCCAAUGUAAAUUCAAUGUUGAGCCAUCGUCAAUUGUUGAAAUUUGCUGUGGAUGUCGCUUGCGGAAUGGUUCAUCUUUCCUCUCAAAACUUUCUUCAUCGGGAUUUAGCGGCAAGAAAUGUCCUUCUUGGUGAAGAGAAUGUGGCUAAAAUUUGUGACUUUGGUUUGGCCAGAGAUGUUGGAAGUGCUGAAGAGUAUAUACGAAAUACGCAGCAUCUUCUUCCAGUGAAAUGGAUGUCCUUGGAAAGUUUAUUUUAUGGUGUCUUUACAACUGCCAGCGAUGUAUGGAGUUUUGGUGUCCUCCUCUAUGAAAUUACAACUCUUGGUGAGGAACCAUACAAGAACAUUCCACCACGUGCUGUUAUCACUCACGUGGAAUCAGGAGGUCGAAUGACAAAACCUCCACAUUGCUCAAAUGAGGUGUAUAAAAUAAUGUCAAAUUGCUGGAAAAUCGACCCAAAAGAGCGUCCCACUUUCCCAGAAAUAUUGCAGGUUUUACGUGAUAUGCUGGAUGAUAGAGAGGUGUGAAUUUGGAUAAAUUUAUAGCAUAAAAGUAAGGUGGAUGUAUGGUAAUGAUGGAGUAAAUGUUUGGUAAACUUUGUUGCUUAUACGUCACAAUAUGUUUCUAAAGAUAUUUACACGAGUCUUUGUCCUGUUUAG